AUGAGCCUAAUUUCAGCUUCUAGAAAGUUACCUAUCAAGAAAGCAGUGAAGAAGACGAAGAAGAAAGUUCUCAAGGAUGUGAAUAUGAAACAUGUAACCAAACGAUGGAUGGAUAAAAAACCUAAAGUUGAAGCAGAGACUCAGAAUUUAGCAUCAGAGGUCUUGCAGACAAUUUUACUUACAGAUGAAGCUGAAAAGUUAAAGGUUCGACUUCUGGCUUUUUUUACUGACCUUGAGUCUAAAUUGGUGUCGAAUCCAAAGUUAUUUGUACCAGGGGUGAGACACUUUCUGAAUGCAGGUGACAAGGCUGAAAAUGAAAUCCAACUGGUUUCCUUAUUGAAAGACUUUGGAAAAACAGAACAAAGUAUUAUCAAAGAUUUGGAAACAAAAAGAAAUGAAUCAAGAGGGGAUCACAGUACCCAGACAAGACUUUCUGGUCCUGUGUUUAAACUGGGAAAUGUUAAAUUAAAAAUUCGAAAUGCCAAGUCUGAUAGAUGUAUGAACAAAACAACCAACAUGAACCGAACGUCUCAAUCUCAGAUUGUACAAAAACGAAAGUCAAAAGUAAUCAGAAACUCUUUAUCUUCAACAGUUUCAGCCUUACAGUCUAGUAUUGUUAAUGAAAUUCUGUUGCCUUACAAGCCAGAGCAGAAAAAUGGUUGUGAUUCAAAGAAUAAAACUACUCAGGAAUACACAAAAAAACAAAUUUCUAAGGACAUACUUUUGUCUGCCUGUGGCAAGCAGGUUGAGAAACCACUCAGACGAUCAUUUAGAAAAAGGCAGACAAAUUCUGCUUGUAAACAAAAGAGUAAGGGAAAAUGCAAAACUAAAGAACAGAUAACUCCUGACAAACAAAAUGUCUGUACAGAGUUCUUUCAGCCUGCAUGA